AUGGCAGAAGCCUAUGAACCCACUGAGCGCAGCAAGGUCAAUCGAUACAAGACAAGAGCAAACUAUGAUUACGAUACGAUCCAUGGAAUCAUUGAUACAUGUCCAGUCCUCCAUGUUUCCUUCAACCCUUCGUCAAUGGACGAUGAUCCCUUCCCGACGAUUCUUCCCAUGAUUGGGUGCACAGGCUCUUACACCCCUCCAAAUGCUGCGGAGACAUCUGCCGUGUGUGUAUACCUCCACGGUCACUCUUCGUCGCGGUUUAUGAAGCUCCCGGCCGUUCAAUCUGAAUCUGACGAUCCGGUUUAUUCGAGUCUGCCUGGUACACCCGCAUGCAUUGCUGCAACUCAUAUGGACGGGGUGGUUCUAGCCUUGACACCAUUCAACCACAGCUGCAACUACCGCAGCGCUGUAAUCCACGGCUACGCGAAUAUUGUAACGGACUCCGCUGAAAAGAUGUACGCGUUACAGCUUAUCACGGACUCCCUCAUCCCUUCCCGCUGGGAUCAUUCAAGAGUCCCCCCGACGCCGUCAGAAAUGAACUCGACUUCUGUACUUCGAGUGGACAUUGUUUCAGCGAGUGCUAAGAUCAGGGCAGGGCCACCGGGCAAUGAUCGCGCUGAUCUGGAUGACGUUGGAAUGCGACAGAGGGUGUGGACUGGUGUUCUCCCCGCUUGGGGAGUGUGGGGGCCACCAGUAGCUGCACCCGAGAAUUUGGUUCCAGACGUGCCUGGAUAUAUUUCUGACUUUGUGAAAGAACAGAACGACAAGGGGGAAAGAUAUGCCACCGAGAUCGCGGGUAAAGCUUUGACGUCCAAAAAGCAAGCUUAA